GUGCGGGGGAUGCCCGUGCCGCUGUCCCGUUACCUUCCCGUCGCUGUCGUGCUGCCCGCGGGCUGCGGGGAUAACCCCCCGUGUGCGGUGUGGAGGCGGAAGAGAUGGGCCUGUGCCGGGCGGCUUUGCCCUCUCUGAUAAAAAAUGCCUUCUGGCAGCGUGUCAGGGUCUCUGUGCUGUCGUGUGCCUUCCAGGUUUGCUGAGUGUAGAGAGCCAGGCUUGAAGAUGCUGUCCAGACUCUUCCGAAUGCACGGCCUCUUUGUGGCCUCUCAUCCCUGGGAGGUCAUCGUGGGAACAGUGACUCUCACCAUCUGCAUGAUGUCUAUGAAGAUGUUCACUGGGAAUGAUAAGAUCUGUGGCUGGAAUUAUGAGUGCCCCAAACUUGAAGAAGAUGUUCUGAGCAGUGACAUCAUCAUCCUGACAAUCACACGCUGCAUAGCAAUUCUUUAUAUAUAUUUCCAGUUUCAGAACCUAAGGCAGCUUGGAUCAAAAUACAUUUUAGGUAUUGCUGGUCUCUUCACAAUCUUCUCAAGUUUUGUUUUUAGUACUGUGGUAAUUCACUUCUUGGAUAAAGAACUGACAGGUUUAAAUGAAGCUUUACCAUUCUUCCUGCUUCUGAUCGAUCUAUCACGAGCGAGCGCGUUGGCCAAAUUUGCUCUCAGUUCAAACUCACAGGAUGAAGUAAGAGAAAAUAUUUCACGUGGGAUGGCAAUACUGGGCCCUACGUUUACCCUGGAUGCGCUUGUGGAGUGUCUUGUGAUCGGUGUUGGUACCAUGUCAGGUGUACGACAGCUUGAAAUUAUGUGCUGCUUUGGCUGCAUGUCUGUUCUUGCCAACUACUUUGUCUUCAUGACCUUCUUUCCAGCCUGUGUGUCUUUGGUACUUGAGCUUUCAAGGGAGAGUCGUGAAGGGCGCCCUAUAUGGCAGCUGAGUCAUUUUGCUCGUGUUCUGGAAGAGGAGGAGAACAAACCAAAUCCUGUAACACAGAGGGUCAAAAUGAUAAUGUCACUGGGUUUGGUUCUUGUCCACGCCCACAGCCGUUGGAUAGCAGAGCCAGCUGCUCAAAACAGCACUGUUGAGAAUUCAGUGGGAUUGGAUGAGAAUGCACCGAAGAGAAUUGAACCUAAUGUUUCACUGUGGCAGUUCUACCUUUCUCGAAUGGCCAGUAUGGAUAUUGAGCAAGUAAUCACGCUUGGAUUAGCCCUUCUCCUUGCUGUCAAAUAUAUUUUCUUUGAGCAAGCGGAGACUGAGUCCACCCUCUCACUGAAGAAUCCCAUAACGUCUCCUGUGAUGGUGCAGAAAAAGGUCCCUGAGAAUUGUUGCAGGAAGCAGGCUGGACUUCUGAAAAACAAUCCGAAAUCUAACACAGCAGAAGAAGCCCUCAUUCCCAAAGAUGAAAGUGCCGAAGUCAUAAAACCUGUUAUGGCAGAGUCAUCAGCCAAGGCUACAUUUGUGGUUGGCAAUUCCAGCCCUGUGGAAACUUCUUCAUAUCUCAGUGGAAAAGAGGAAGAGAUUGAGUUACCUAAAGAACCACGUUCAAUUGAGGAGUGUGUUCGUAUACUUGGAAAUGCACAGGAAGGAGCAAAAUUUCUUACUGAUGCUGAGGUCAUCAGCUUAGUUAAUGCUAAGCAUAUUCCUUCAUACAAACUGGAAACCCUGAUGGAAACCCAGGAGCGAGGUGUAUCCAUUCGCAGACAGAUGUUGUCUAAGAAACUUCCUGAACCUUCAUCUUUGCAGUAUCUCCCUUAUAGGAAUUAUAAUUAUUCUUUGGUGAUGGGAGCUUGCUGUGAAAACGUGAUUGGCUAUAUGCCUAUUCCUGUGGGCGUAGCAGGACCACUGUUUCUGGAUAACAAAGAGUUCCAAGUGCCAAUGGCAACAACAGAGGGAUGUCUUGUAGCAAGCACAAACAGAGGAUGUAGAGCAAUAUGUCUGGGUGGAGGAGCGCGCAGCCGCAUCCUGGCCGACGGGAUGACUCGAGGACCUGUCGUAAGGCUGCCCACUGCUUGCCAGGCUGCAGAGGUGAAAGUCUGGCUGGAAAGCCCUGAAGGUUUUAAAGUAAUGAAGGAAGCUUUUGACAGCACAAGUAGGUUUGCCCGCCUACAAAAACUUCUCAUCAGUUUGGCUGGUCGUAACCUUUAUAUCCGUUUCCAGUCUGGAACAGGGGAUGCAAUGGGAAUGAAUAUGAUUUCAAAAGGUACUGAAAAAGCUCUGGCAAGGCUGAAUGAAGAGUUUCCUGACCUUCAGGUUAUAGCUAUCAGUGGCAACUACUGCACAGACAAAAAACCUGCUGCUAUAAACUGGAUAGAAGGAAGAGGAAAGUCUGUUGUCUGUGAAGCAGUCAUUCCAGCUAAGGUUGUUAGAGAAGUAUUGAAAACAACCACGGAAGAUCUCGUGGAAGUCAACAUAAACAAGAAUCUGGUGGGCUCUGCGAUGGCCGGGAGCAUAGGGGGCUACAACGCACACGCAGCCAACAUCGUGACAGCCAUCUACAUUGCCUGCGGUCAGGAUGCUGCACAGAACGUGGGCAGCUCCAACUGCAUCACCCUGAUGGAGAGGACAGGCGCCACCAACGAGGACCUGUACAUCAGCUGCACGAUGCCUUCCAUAGAAAUAGGCACGGUCGGGGGAGGCACCAACCUGCUCCCACAGCAGGCCUGCUUGCAGAUGUUAGGGGUUCAAGGUGCAAGCCAAGAUAACCCUGGUGAAAACGCCCGUCAGCUUGCUAAAAUUGUUUGUGCUACAGUGAUGGCAGGGGAGUUAUCACUGAUGGCUGCUCUUGCAGCAGGGCAUCUAGUCAAAAGCCACAUGAUCCACAACAGGUCAAAGAUAAAUCUACAGGAUCUUCAAGGAACCUGCACUAAAAAGGCAGCUUGAAUACUGAAAUGGCUUUGAAAUGAAGAAUUGUUCUAGUAAUUGACCAGGUGCACAAGGAAAAAAACCAAAAUCUAUAAAGUUUAGAAUAAAGAUCGCCUUCAACUCAAUGAUGUCUGUGUAAGAGCAACUAAGAGAUCAAGACUUGAGAUUAGUUAUGCUUGACCUUCUUAAGUGGUUAGAGACUGAAAGAUCAGACAUCUUGAAUAUGGCUUUUGAAUUCUUACCCUCACACAUCAUUUUCUAAAAAGUCAGUCUUACAUUUUUACAGGUUGAGAUUAUUUCACCUGACAAAGUCCUGGUAACUACUAAACUGAAAAGUAAUGUAAUGAGCUUUGUAUGUUUAAAUUAACAAAACAGAAGGAGUUGGUGUAAACUUGGAUUGAAUGCACUGGUCCUUGCCAUCUCUAUUUUCUGGUUAGACAGGCAUGUUUUUUAAAAUGAUGGCAGGCCUAAUUACCUUCUAUGAACUCCCAGUUUUAAUUUGUUCACAUGUAAAACAGGCCUUAGGCUAUCAGACAGUUUAAUUGAAUGAUAUUAAUUUAAUAGAAAUCUGUCUAUAUAUAGUACUUAAUUUGCCGCUGCUUCGGCUAAGCAGUGUUCAGUGUUUAACUCCACAAUUUAGGUUAUUCCUUUAUGUAAAACUUGUGAUCUGUAAAGUUUUGAGCUGUUAAAUAUAAUCCGUACCGAAGUAGGGAAGAACAGCGUCUUCAACUGUUUCGUUACUUUGUAGAAAAAAUGAAAUGGUAACUUCAAAACAGUUAUGUGUCAGGUAUUUAAGUAAAUGUAGUUUCUCAAACAAUAUUUGAUAGGAGUGCAUUCAAACAAACAAGAGUCAAGAACAGAUGUUUACACUUACUUAAGAAGUCUCUUUAGGAAUACACAUACACAUUGUGUACCUUAUGUUGGGGAUUUUUUAUAAGGUGUUUGACAUUUAUUCUCCAAGAAUAGGUGUUUAUCCACCAUUUAAGCUGAGAGAAAACAAAGCCAGAAAACCACACUGUUCUUAAAAAAAAAAAGAAGGGGAUUUUUUUCUUUUCUUUUGAACUUUGUUUUUGAGGCGGGGACUAUUUAUUUUAAGAAGAAAUCUUACCUUUUUUGUCAAUGAAAAGUUCUAAUUAAGGGGAUUCAAUGAAAUGACUUAAUGUAAGAAGCAGUUUUUGUAAUAAAAUACUGUACUUGGACCAGUGAA